AUGGAUAAGAAAAAGAAACAAGACCAGAAUCAACAAGAAGUUCCUCAAAAGAGACAAGCAGUUAUUUUGGUCGAGAACGAAAUUGUUGACAUGCAGUGCAACGCUUCGAUGCUUAUGAUACUUAACACUCCACUUAUUCAAUACAUCGUUGAACAUUUAUUAGCCCAAAAUAUACAAGAGAUAUUCAUCGCGUGCAGCGAACAAAACAAACAAAAAAUUCAGCUCAUUCUGGACACCCCACUCAAGUCGAAGAACGUGCAAUAUAUCGUGUGUGCAGAAACAAACAACGCAGGCGAAAUAAUCAGACAAAUUUCCGAAUCGCCACUUUUGGAUUCGAACGAGUUGAUACUCAUUAAGGGUGAUGUCAUUACGACAAUGCAAUUGGAACCAAUUUUGAAGUUCCAUCGAGAGAUAUUACAGUCCGAUAAAAGUCACAUAGUGACAAUGGUCUAUAGGAAAAACCACACCGUCAACGAGUCGCGAUCUACAAACGACAAGACUGUGAUCAUCACAAACGCUUUAACAAACCAAAUUCUUAAAGUCGAUGACAGACACGACAAAACAAAGAGAAAUUAUCGACUCAAAAUGUGUUAUAACAAAGAGACGCCAAAGAUUGGAGUACACACAGAUUAUAUGGAGACCGGAGUCUUUAUCGUUACAAGACAAGGACUCUCUCUUUUUAACGAUGCGGAAAAUUGCGAUAUCAAAGAAUUUCCAGAGGCGUUUUACGCUCGAAUAUUAGAUUUGGACGCGUUAAUACACUUCCAUAUGCACUGCUAUGUUACCAACGAGAAAGAGUAUUCGGUGAGAAUACGAGAUAUCACAACUUUCAGAAAAGUCAGCAGCGAACUCCUUCAAAGACACGCGUAUCCAUAUACAACCAACCUUGGAGUCUAUAGUUUUGAUAUCAAAAUGUAUGACCACAAUGUCAUUGCACACGUCAAAUCGACAAUUCCGUUGAGUGUCAUACAAAACAGUAAGAAUGUAUUGUUCUGUGAAGAGUCGGUGAUCAACGAGAAAGUUGUUGCCAACGACGCGGUGAUAUGUUCCAAUUGCGUGAUUGGUGAAGGGAGUUUGAUUGAGAAUUCGCAGAUCUUCAAAAAUGUUCAAAUAGGGAAGAACGUGAAAAUCAUAUCGAGUGUAGUUGGGAACAAUUGUGUGAUUGAAGACGGUGCUGUUGUGAAGGGGAAGUUCUUGUGUGAAUACACAAAGGUGUCCCGUGAUCAAACUGAGGUCAAUACAAAGACCGUUGAGAACACGAGAAUGAAUCAUAUUUAUGGAGAAGAUUUGUUCAGGUCGGGAAGUGCUUUGAUAACUUUGAAUGACGCAGAGAGUGAUGACGAAGAACCAAAUAUAAUGAAACCGAGUCUUCAAACGUUUGAUUCAUUUAGAAACGAAGUCACGAAGUUGGUUAUUGCGUUCCAAGAAAAUCAAAAACAUGGCACUUUACAAAGUCAGUUCCACACGGAACUCACUUCUAUAAAAGCGUCUUAUAAUUACACAAUUGGACAAACAUUUGCAGCAUUAAUAGAAGCACUCCUUUUAAUUGGUGAUAAGGAAUGUAAUAAAGACAUCGAAGACCAUUUGGAAUCCCUUGAAAUGCUAUGGGAAAUGAAUAGCAAUUUCACCCUCGAGCCAAAUGAUCAAGUAGAAACGUUAUUCUUCUUGUGCGAGUUCUGUGAUGAUAAUACAUACUUUGAAGACUCGUUCGUGUAUAUCAUGAACGCUUUGUAUGAACACAACUUCAUUUGGAUCGACUCAAUAUGGAAGUGGAAGGAGGUUUGUGUUUCCACGCCAGAAGAACACCAAAAGUAUCUCGACUUGUCUGAAGCUUUUUUGACGGCUCUUAAAAAUGCCGAAGACAGAGGAGAUGUUGAAGAAGAUGACGAAGAAGAAGAGGAGGAAGAGGAAGGCGAGGAAGAAAAUGAAGAGGCAGAAGAAGAAAAUUAA